UUUACUUCCGGAAAACAUGGCAGAUGGUGAAAUUCAAACGUUGGAUCAGUCCAAUCCAAAGGCCCGAGAAACGCAAAGAGAAACGGAAAACAAGGCAACCGUGAGCCUGCUUUACAAGGCGUUGGCGCAUGGAGAAACGGAGGCGGUGGCGGGGCUCCUUGCAAACGACCUCGAAUACUGGUUCCACGGGCCCCCACGGUGCCAGCACAUGAUGAGGGUGCUGACGGGGGAGUCGGCCGGCGGCAAGGAGUUUGCGUUUGAGCCGAGGAGCAUAACGGCGAUCGGCGAUGACUGUGUGAUCGCCGAGGGCUGGGAAGGCGCGCAAGCUUAUUGGGUGCACGUGUGGAGUGUGAAAGACGGAGUGAUAACGCAGUUCAGGGAGUAUUUUAACACGUGGCUGACGGUGUGGGAUCUCCGGCCAUGGGAGGUUGGUCACGUGAGUGACGCACUUUGGCAGAGCCAGCCUCGAGACCUGUACAGUCGUUCUUUGCCGGGUCUUAUGCUGGCUAUUUAGAAACGAACCCACUUGCUGUGGCUGUGGGAAUUAUUAUUGUAUACAAAUCAAAUUGCAAAUUAUGUAAACAGUUAAAUAAAAAUAAAAAAUAACUUAAAAAAAAAAAAAGAGAGCUUGAAUGGCCAUAGCUUUGUGCUUGAUCAUCAGAAGAAGAGCAGAAAGAAACAGUAGAAAAUAGGAGGGCGUGGGCAGAGAGAGAGAGAGAGAGAGAGUUGGAAGGAAGAGAAGUAAUUGGGCUUAGCUGGACGUGCAAAGUGAGCUGGACCUAAGAAACUGGCGAGUUAAGUUAGUAUAAUUGGGCUAAAAUAGCUUUUAGUCUUUCAACUUGUAAAAUUGAUUCAGAAGCUUGUUGGGCCAUCCUCAAAUUGCAA